UUUUCCUUCGUAGGAAACUGAGAACCAUGCAACGCGUAUUCUUCGUUUCAAAAUUUUACUUCCGACAAAUCCCAUUUUCUCUCUAUCUCGCUAGUCGCAAAUAAAUAUUGUAUAGCUGAAAGACAUUUAUGAAAUUUGUUUGAAAUUUUCAACCACCGCAAGUGGUUGCCCAACGACCUUCAAUAAGGCUGGAGAGGCAUUUUUAGGAGUUUUGUUUAUGUUUGUUCCUGGUACCUUGCGAUUGGGUUUAUUGAUUCCGACGUGGCUUUUCUUGAUUAGGAAUAAUUUUAUCUUGUUUAGGCCAUCGCAUGCUCAUUUGUGGCCUUUCAAUGAGGUACAAUAUCUAUUUCUGAGUAGUUUAUCUCUGUUGCCUUUUCAUUCUUUUUUCGUUGUUAAUGUAUACUUUGGGGAUUACGUGUUGUAAUGGGGUUUCUGGAGGUUGGGGGGGAUUUAAAAGAGUGAAGAUUUGAUCGGUCGGUUUCUCGGGGUCUGAUGGAUGUUGAAUUUAGAAUCUGAGUGGUUUCAAAGUUGGGUAUAGUAGGCUUGUAGCAAAUUUGGUUAAUUAUAUUGAUUGAGUUUCGUUCUGGAUCCGAGCGUCGGGUCAAUCGUGUCUUGAGGCGGUGAGGUCGAUUUGAUGUCAUCAUCUUCGUGUAUGUGACUGCUUUGGGUCUCAAGAGAUAAAUUAUACGAUGCUUUGAGGUUGAAAUGUUGUAAAGUUGAUUAAGGAUUUUGUGGAUCACGUUUAAUAUAUAUCGUUUUUGUGAUUGGAUUGAUUAUUAGAAGAUAAGCUGAAUAAAAUUAUGGACCUAGCUCACGAAGAACCAACCGGUGAUGGAGAGACAGAGGAAAUGGACAGGGAACUCUUGGGAGACGCUCAUCUUAGGGAGCCCCCGUCCCGUUUUCAGGGUAUGGUGAGGCAGAAAGCUUAUAUUUUUGAUGGCCAUGGGAACUUCUAUAAUAAGGAAUGGGAUCUAGCAGAGGGUAGAGACAAUGAGUUUUGUUGGUACCAUGUGGAACUUCCAAAAGUAAAUGAAAAACUUUCACGAUCUGCACAAUACCUCAUUGGGGUUCUUUGUCCCCCUUUGAAACUCCAAGACAUUCUUUCGCUUGUCAGCAAUGGACCCUUUUGUGGGCAUGUGGAUGGGGCUCUUGUCUUCAGAGUUAAUUCACCCGGUCCUCCCUCCAGCGACUUUACAUUUAGAAUUGCUGCUAGAGUUACUGAGAAUUCAGUGAUUACGGUAUCUUUGGGCCGUGUUCCUAGACUGGGCUUCUCAGAGAUUGGUGAGUCUCUUCUUUCAGAGAUUCCUAGAGUGGAGAAUCCUUAUCUUAGGGGUGAACAGAAGGAAGGUGGAAUUGUUAUAAAGGAGCAUGUUCUCGAGUUCUUGUUGACAAUGAAUCACUCUGAGGAGGCUGAUAAUCCUGUGCCGAAAUCCGUCUCUAAUCUUGUUGUUCACAUUCUUGACACACAUGUGGAUCACCUUCAAGAUGUUGUGACUAAACUUGAGAUGGAGCUGGAUUCUGUGGAGCUCCAAAUGGAUAAAGGUGGUUUUGCUUUGAAGAAGCAAAUGCUAGAUGAUAGAAGAUUCCCUAAAAUGCAUCUUAACUUGCAGCGCCUUUUGCAGGUGAUAGCACAUGGGGAGCAAGUAUUUCCACGAGUGAAAGAGAAGUGUUCUUCAAAAGGUUGGUUUGCUAGCGAAGACAUUAACUCCCUUGAAGAGUUAAUUGGACAAUUAAGGAGGUUAAAAGAAAAUGUGGGAUUUAUUGCAAAUCGUGUCACGGCAAUCCAAGCUGGCCUUGAUAGCUGGCAGGCCGAGCAAAUAAACAGGAAACUAUAUUACCUUUCGUUCCUUUCAAUAAUAUUUCUUCCUUUGUCCAUCAUCACUGGAGUGUUUGGCAUGAAUGUGGGAGGAGUUCCAUGGACAGGUCAAAUGGACCCAAAGUCCAAAGACGGUUUCCGUAAUGUAAUGUUACUCUGCAUGGCAAUGCUACUUCUGGUUUUGCUGUGCUUCUGUUUCCCUGUUCUUUAUGCCCAUUUAGCUACUUGGCAGCGGAGGAGGGCCAUGAGGAGAAGUUGGUCUCUCAACAGGAAGUCAUUCCUCAAGAGAACAGUAGGAAAUGGGGGAGUUCAAGGAAGAGGAGGUUACCUUCGGAUUUGAACCAAAGAGAAAAUGUGUUUGCUAUCUUGGGGAAGUCAUCUCGGCAAUGUGAUCAAUUGGUUUAGGCUGAUUCCUAGAUGUCCCAUGAGAGGACAGGCAUUAUACACUAAAAAUCAUUUGUUCAAUAACACCAUUCACUCUGACCUGGAAGUAGGGAUUUUUAUUUGCCACUCUCUCCUCAUUUACUCUGUAGAGAAGGUGGAAGUUGCUAGUUGGAGGUCAACUAUUUCUCUUUGUUCUGAUUUUGUUUCUAUAAUUGGUUUAUAUGGUUUCUUUCAUCUGUGGGAAGCUGUUAACAUGUACAGCAUUUGUUUCAUUUUUUUACUUCUCCCUUUUGAGAGUGUAUUCUGAUAUUCUUAAA